CGACGAGGAAAAUUCCUUAAAAAUAUUUUGUGAGAUGCCAUCCCAACUCUCAAGGUCAUCAAGGUUGCACGUGCCAAUCGCAGGUUAUUUAGUGAUAGAGGUUUCCGUUCUGUUGUGAGGCUCGCUAAAUGCAAAACAAGACGAUCCUUUGCCUUCCACGUUAUUAUACUUGUCUUCGUUGCUAACCGCACCAGGUUAAAAAAAGCGGCGUUAUUUCAUUUUUCAAUGACGUCUACACUAUUUACGGCGCUUUUGCUCUCCUCUAACCUUGUGUAUGACAAUUUUCCUGUGAAAAAUUGUCACCUGAGCGAGACCCAGCGGAAAGAAAUCCAAGAACCUCUGCGCAUUUUUUUAAACGAGCUGAAUCUCGGCGAAGAAAACGUGAGUGUUGAGUUUGCGCUUGAUUUGGAGAGCAGUUCUGGAGCGUCUGAAGUGUGCAAUGAUAUAACCAUCCUCUUGGCUGCCGAAGCAUUGCGCUCUCUUAUUGAACAAAAUUCGGGUGCGUCGAGCAGGCCUAAAAAUAAUGAAGAUGUGCAGCAAGAGGAAUCUGACAGAAACGACGUUUCACCUACGAUUGAAUCCGAUUCUCCGCAGCGACUGGUAGAUCAAGUAGAGAAUACAGAUGAGAAAGAGUUUGCUAGGGAAGACGCAGAAGCCGCAUCACGAAAUGAGAUAAAAAGUCUUAUCGAUGCUUACGACGUGGAAGGAGCCAGUUUGAUUUUCAGAAAAAAACCAAGAAAUGAAGAAUUCACUCAGCAGCUUUUUAUUGAGCUCUUUGAUCAACAGUGGCAGAAGAAAACGAUUGGCCGUGUUUACGACUUUGCCUCCUCAAUUAAAUCAGUGACCGCUUUUGAAACCCUAAACCAGCAUCAGAACAACAUCGGUCUUUUCCAAGAACAACCACUUCUUGUGGUUUUGUUUUCUCACCGCCUGCUUCAGUUCACACGAAGCCCAGACUUUGAAUAUGAGCCCAGCGACACACAACAGCGCGCCUAUGCUUUGGCGCGAGGCGUUAAUGCAGAUCGGCGCCGCGUCAUCGGCGACAUGGUGCGCGACCUGAUCGAGUCGGAGUCGCCGUCCGCUACCACCCUCUCGGUGUACGCACUGAUUGCGCUGCCAGCUCAAAUUGCCGGCGCCAACAAAGCCCCUGAGAUGGUGACCGAGGCCAUCGAAGCCGCGCUGCCAUACUUGCAAGCUGGCAAAAUUGGGGUUCCUAAACUCGCUGAAAUGUUCGCGACUCUAAACCAAAAUUCUUGCCCUGCUUUGGCUUUGAUUUUCAACAGUCUCGGACCAAACACAACCUCUUGCCAGAAUUUGGAGAUUUACAUGGCUACACAUACUCGUCUCCCAGAGGUGCGUGAAAAGGUGGAUUCCAAUUAUUUCAACCAAAUUUGUGUACCUGUUUUGACUUACGUCAACAAUAACUACUUAAAAAUGCGAAACAGCCAGGAAGGCGACCUUCAAUCAAAUAUAAAUUGCCUGCAAUCCGCCCUCAAGGACUCCUUUAUUUUCUACCUCAGGCACAAAUCGCCGUACACACCUCCAAUUCAACAAGGGGUACCAAACGAGCUGUCGUACGCCUUGCAGCAGACUAAUUUGAACGACGGGUUAAAGCGACUGUACAACGACACCGGGGUCACAAAAUGUCACCUGCUUGCCGCGUAUGCCGACGUGCUGCGCGAAGCGAAGCUGUCGCACACGGCAGCAACCCUUGUGACUUUGGCCCAAGCCGAGCAGCACCGCCAAAAAAUUGGCAUCGACACUCCCGAGGGAAAGGUUUGUGCGGACACCAUCGCGGAGGCUCCGUUUUGGGCGCGCCGCAUAGUUUGGAGCGACCCCAGCCAGGGGUGCAACAUCUCCAACUUUGUCACGGGAGGCUCCUUGACUUUGUUUGACGCAGACGGCAAAAGCCAGCCGAUUACCACUUGGAAAGUGACAUUCGAUGAUCUUGGACGAGCAUAUCUGAAAAGUGAGCUUCAUGAAUUGCAAAUGUACAUUGAAAGUACGGAGUUGGAGCUGGAAAUGCCACUCUAUAGGCUUUUCCUGCUUACCGAUAUAGGUGGCGAUCAAGUUCAAAUCAGAUACAUUGACGACGCCUCUGAGAAGCCUGGCACUGAUAAAUAUCUUUGGAAAAUUGAUUGCUCUGCUAGAUCGAUGGAAUAAAAUGUAUAUUUUUUGUUUGUAAUUAAAUAAAUUAAGAUACCAAAUGCAUCUAAUGUUAAAUA